AUGCACCCACAGCGUCCGCUGCCCCAGGCCAUGCCCUCCUCACUGGGCCAAAACCUGAGAGAUGCAGCUCUGAGGAUGGGCCAUGGCAAGAACCUGCUGGGAGGAAAUGUGGCCUAUGGAGUUAUCCAGUCUCUUAAAGAGUGCCUCUACUUUCUGCUCUGCUGCUGGUGCAUCAAAGAGAUCCUGGACUAAGAAAAAGAUGUGUUGACGCUUCGGCCUGAAUCCAGAUCUCUUCACACAUGCAUAAACACUCAUGCCUCACAAAUAUUAGAGGUUGCUGUAGCAAUGUACUUUAAAGUAGCGCAUCACACAGGCUUCAUAUGAGGAAUAUAGACCACGUCCCUGUCAACAUGCUGGUGAUAUUCAAACAUGUUUUAAAUGACACUGUUUGAGAAAAUUGUACAAUAAACAAAAAAAAAAAAAAACA